AUGGGGAACUUCUGGAGUUGUUUAUCUGGUAAGUCAAAUCAAGCCAUAGCUUCAGCAGCCGGAGAUCCAGUUCUUGAACCAAUCCCAGACCCAGACCCUGCCCCUAGCACGAUUGAUAAUCUUAAAGAUGGUGGUAUAUCUUUUCUUGGUGGAACUGGAUAUAUUUCUGGCUCCAAUUGGUUCUCCAUGGCAACCACCAACUUUACUGUUUGGUUGUCUCAAGCAAGUGGUGUUCUUGCAGCUAUUUGGGGUGAGGACAAUGAGUUCUUACCUGAAAUAGAUGGUGGUUUUCUUCCAGAUGAUGGAGCUCUUCCAGAUGGUGGAAGUGCUUCAGACUCAAAGGUUAGAGCUUUCACAUUUGAUCAACUGAAAGCUGCAACUUUCAAUUUUAGAAGUGAUAUUGUGUUGGGAAAGGGAGGUUUUGGAAAUGUUUACAAGGGUUGGCUCAAGGAGAAGGUACCGUCACAGGAUACCAGGAAAUGGCCCAUUGCUGUCAAGAGAUUGGAUGCAAGCAGCAAGCAAGGAUAUCGGCAAUGGCAGGCAGAGGUUGGUUUCUUAGCAAGGCUUUCUCAUCCAAACAUCGUGAAACUAGUGGGAUACUGUCGAGAAAAGGAAGAGUAUCUAAUUGCAUAUGAAUUCAUGCAAAAAGGAAGCUUAAAUUAUCAUCUGUUUGGAAAGGGCUCAAAAAGGCUGAUUCCAUGGGAAAAAAGGGCUAAAAUUGCUAAAGGAAUGGCUCAAGGCCUGAAUUACUUGCAUACAUUGGAGAAGCCAAUAAUUUUCAGAGAUUUCAAGUCCUCCAAUAUACUGCUUGAUGAGUCAUAUGCUCCAAAGAUAUCAGACUUUGGCUUGGCGAAAUGGGCUCCCGCUACCGGGGACUCCUACAUAACGGGACAAGUUGUUGGCACAAAGGGUUAUGCUGCUCCUGAGUAUGUUCGUAAUGGGAAACUGUACAUAAAAAGUGAUGUAUAUAGUUUUGGAGUUGUUUUGGUCGAGAUGCUGACAGGCCUACGGGUAAUUGAUAUAAAUCGUCCACCUGCGCAACAUAACCUAGUGAAAUGGAUCAAACCAAAACUAUCAGAAAGAAGCCAGCUGAAGCAUAUAAUGGACCCCAGGUUGGAGGGGAAGUAUCCUCCCAGACUAGCUUCAAGAAUGGCUUUAAUUGCUGUUCCUUGUCUUUGUGAUGAAGCGCAAUUCCGUCCAUCGAUGAAAGAAGUGUCUGACAUGUUGGAAGGGAUAGUAAAAUCUCAAGAAACCAAGAAGAUGUAAAUUCAUUCUAGUAGGUUCCUUGUGAACCUGGCCGAUCCUUCGCUUGAACAGAGCUGGAAGGAAUAUCUCGUUGUUGCAGGUUUUGAUCAUCUUUUACAGUGAAAGAUGUCCGCUGAGGUUCUUAUGUUGUUUCCAUGUUUGGAUGCUCGAGCCCUUUUCUCCAUGCCGUUGAACAAGUUCCGGUGCAUGCUGAGAUUCAUUUUUACUUUUGACAUGUCUUUUUCCUGUAAUGCUUCUGAUAAUAUUCUGUGUCUUCCAACUUAUACCACAGUCAGAAACGAGUUCAUACCAGUCAAAUAAUUGUAUCUGUUUUCUUGUCUUUCAAGGUUUUUGCUGCUUC